AUGGGUGGAAUUGGCAAGAGCACUAUCGCGAAAGCCGCUUAUAACCGCAACUUUGAUAGAUUUCAAGGUGGCAGCUUUCUUGCAGAUAUACGAGAAUCUUCAGAACAACCCAAUGGUUUUGCUCGCUUGCAAAGAAAACUUCUUUCAGAUAUCCAAAGGGGGAAAGCUAAGAAAGUAUACAAUAUGGAUGAAGGAACAAUCAGGAUCAAACAAGCCGUAGGCCAUAAAAAGGUUCUUAUUGUUCUUGAUGAUGUGAGCAACCGGGAUCAACUCAAUGCAAUUCUUGGAAUGCGAGAGUGGCUUCAUCCAGGAAGUAAAAUUAUCAUAGCAACUCGACAUGAGCAUUUGUUAAAUGCGCAUGAAGUUUUUGAAAAGUUUGUGGUUCGAGAAUUGAAUGAGUAUGAAUCACUUGAAGUUUUCAGUUGGUAUGCCUUCAGACAAUCCCAUCCAGUAGAAGGUUACAAGGAGCUUUCAAGACAUGUGGUACAGCACUGUGGAGGGCUUCCAUUAGCUCUUCAAGUUCUGGGAUCUUCUCUAUCUGGAAAAAGUGUAGAAGUAUGGCAAAGUGCAUUGCAGAAGUCAGACGUGAUCCCUAAUGACAAAAUUCAAAAAGUUCUGAGGAUAAGUUUUGAUCCUUUACAAGAUGAUCACGACAAAUGUUUGAGGAAUUGGAGUCCAUUUGCUCCAAAUAUGAUACGAGUUUGGCAAAUGUUGCUAUACGCGGGUACUCAGUCAGGGCAUGCACGAAGCAGAAUUGAUCUUUGCAAAUACCUGUAA